UCUGGCUCGUACACCGCAAGCGAACUCUGCAACCCUUCAUCUAUUUGAAGCCGGAUCUGCUAGCUAGGCAAAGCACUCGACGGCCGCACGGCACGGCGGCAAGAGGCAACACGCGCAGCAGCCUGAUCGUGGUGGCGGACCGCCGCCAUAGCAACGUCGCUGUUGGCCAGGCAUCACGCGGCAGCCUGCACGGGGCCUUGAUUGCAGCCAUCUACAAGCUCAAGUUGUGUCAACGAUGGAUUCUGAAGAUGAGUUCGAUACAUUUGUACAGAAUGAAAUACUUGAGUCCUCAUCUUCAGACAAUGGGGAUGAUUUAUAUACUGCUACGCACAUAGUUGGAGAGGUCAAUGACAAUGAACCAAAUCGUCGAGGAUCUAUCGAGGGACAUCGUGUAUUGGAUCGAGAUAGGCAAUCUGGGCACUCCAGACUUUUUCAAGACUAUUUCUCAGAUGAUCCUACAUAUGGGCCGGACCACUUCAGGCGCAGAUUUCGAAUGAGGCGCCAUGUGUUUGUUCGUAUAAUGAAUGCGGUUGAGGAGCAUGAUGACUACUUUGUGCAAAAGAGAAAUGCAGCCGGUACCUUAGGACUAUCUUGUUUGCAGAAGGUGGUGGCCGCAUUUCGGAUGAUAGCUUAUGGUGUAGCAGCUGAUGCUACAGAUGACUAUGUACGAAUUGGGGAGAGUACUACUCUAGAAAGUUUGAGAAGGUUUGCCACAGCUGUUGUUGAGGUAUUUGGACCUGAGUACAUGAGAUUGCCUAAUGAGCAAGAUACUGCUAGACUACUUGCAAUUGGUGAGAGUAGAGGUUUUCCGGGAAUGCUAGGCUCUAUAGAUUGCAUGCAUUGGACCUAGAAAAAUUGUCCUGUUGCAUGGAAAGGUGUAUUUCGCGGACACAAAAAGGAGUCUACUGUAAUUCUAGAAGCAGUUGCAUCUAAAGAUCUUUGGAUUUGGCAUGCAUUCUUCGGGAUGCCAGGCUCACAUAAUGAUAUCAAUGUUCUUCAAAGGUCUCCUAUAUUUGCAAGACUUGCUGAAGGUGAAGGUCCACAGGUCAUCUAUAACAUCAAUGGGAACGACUAUACAAUGGGCUAUUAUCUUGCAGAUGGCAUAUAUCCAUCUUGGGCUACAUUUGUGAAUGUAAAUUUGGCUAAUAUGAGGAAAAAACAGCUCCCAACAGAUUGUCUA